AUGGCGUCCUCACAAGUAAGGCGAGUGCUGCUCAUCACAAUCCUGAAGGUGAUCUUGCAGCUUAUUCAGCUUUUGUCGGACAGUAGCAUUGCGGCCGCUAGGAACCAGCUUUAUGACGUUCCAGGAGGCCUGCUGCUGGUUGAGGGUUGUCUUUCACUGCCUCACCUCUUCAGAGGUGAUAGGUCCGUGUGGAAGUACGAUAGACAGACUGGCUUCUGUGAUGUCUCCUUGUUGGCAUCCUACAAUGAGAAGAUGUUCAAGAGCAGGAUCCGAUUGAGCAGGACACUCUUUUACAAUAUCUGCUCCCAGCUCGCUCCAGUCCUGGAGAAGUUGGGAACGCACCUGAACGCAGCAAUUCCUCUUCACACUAAGGUUGCAGCAAUUGUAUACAAGUUAGCUCAUGGGGGUAUUGUGGACCAUAACAGCUGCUUUUUCAACUAUGACAUAGGGUGGGCAGGCAGCCUUCACGAUUACAAUCUUUUCAAGCGGAGCAAAGCUUUUGAUCGCUGUGAGGAGGGGUCGUUGCAAGGGUUUUCACUGGUGGGUGAUGCUGCAUACCAGCCAAGAACCUACAUGCUGACCCCCUUCCUUGGCUGCAAAGAGGGUCUAAGCAGGGAGCGCUACUACUGGAACUUCAUCCAGAGCAGCACAAGGAUGCCAGUGGAGUGUGCUUUUGGGGUGCUCAAGCUGCGUUGGGCUUGCCUUCUAAAGCGCCUGGACGUUGACACCAACUUCGCACCCGACCUCGUUGCCUGCUGCCUUGUUUUGCACAACAUGUGCCAGGUGCACAAGGACGAGGUGAACGAAGAGUGGUACAGGGAAGCUCAGGAGGUGCUUGGAGCAAACGCUCCUUUGUCUACUCCAGCGGACGUUGAGAAUCAACAGCCACCUGCCAACAACACUAACCCGUCUGUACACGUCGAAGUUGAGGAGGACCCUGACGAAGAUACACCACAAGAGAUGCCAGCGUAUAGAUUGGGUGUUCAGUAUAGGGCCACACUUUGCAGGCUACUGUACGAUCAGGAGCGUUCUCGCAAUGCUAGUUCUCUUGGCUUCGAUGUAGAUGAAAGCGAGGAAGCUUAG